GGCGAUUUCAGAGUCGAGAGUCAGGGCUGGGAUUUCGCAGGGCAAGCCCAGCGAUUGUAGCUGCGGCGUAUCCCGAGGAUCUGCCCGUGGUGCACCCGGGCAGCCCCGAGCCGGCAGCGGCUCCGCAAAGUCGCGGAGCGAGGGAGGCCGGGCUCCCGCAAAGUGGUGGGGCUCCGGGCUGCGUCUGGGCUGGAAGAGGCGUGCCUGCGGAGCCUGGAUCCCGGCGCCCUUCGGCCUCGAGUGCAGCGUCCGGUCGGCUGUGCUGCCGCCCGGGAAAGAGCAGUCAAAUUGCAGCCUCCCCAAAGAAGCCUAGUUACGCAGGCGAGCCGGCUCCCAAAGCGUGCUUAGAGCGGUGCCGCAGAGCCCUCCCGGGCCAGCGGGCUAGGGUUGGGAACGGGGCGCCGUCCCAGAGGCAGCGAAGCCCCGGCGGAGGCUUGCUCCGCGAGUGCUCUCGGGUGCAGAGAGGGGGCGUGAGAGGCUCCACCAGCCCGCCGCCUCAGAACCCGUGCCCGACUAGGGUGCCCCCUCUGUCCCACUCUGGGAGCGAUGCCCCCCGCCCCUCGUGCCCCCCGGGAACGACGCGAGCAUGGAGAAGUCGAGUAGCGAGGAUUCUUCGAUCCACCGGAGUCCAUCUUUGGACAGCAAGGACUCGGACUUUGCCAAGCCGUCCACCUCUGGCCGCCCGUUCGGCCGCGGCUUCACGGCUGGCGCCUUCUACGGCACCGCGGGUUCGCGGGGUCAGAGCCGCACGGAGGCCGGCGUUAAGACUGACAAGUAUAAUGCACCCAAAGGCAGCAAGUACGUGGUGUUUUACCUGGACCUGUCCUUUGUGUUCCUCCUAGAAUUUAAGAAGUGCAACAUGGCCAGGGGCUGCCUCUGCUGCUUGAAGUACAUGAUGUUCCUCUUCAAUUUGAUAUUCUGGCUCUGCGGCUGCGGACUGCUUGGAGUGGGCAUCUGGCUCUCUGUGUCCCAAGGCAACUUUGCCACCUUCUCCCCCAGUUUCCCCUCGCUGUCUGCAGCCAACCUUGUCAUCGCCAUAGGCACCAUCGUCAUGGUGACGGGCUUCCUGGGAUGCCUGGGGGCCAUCAAGGAAAACAAGUGUCUGCUUCUCAGUUUCUUCAUUGUGUUGUUGAUGAUCCUUCUGGCCGAGCUGAUUCUGCUCAUCCUCUUCUUUGUCUACAUGGACAAGGUGAACGAGAAUGCCAAGCAGGACCUGAAAGAAGGGCUGCUGCUGUACAACACUGAGAACAACGUGGGGCUCAAGAACGCCUGGAAUAUCAUCCAGGCCGAGAUGCGGUGUUGUGGAGUCACUGACUACACAGACUGGUAUCCAGUGCUGGGGGAGAACACAGUGCCCGACCGCUGCUGCAUGGAGAACUCCCAGGGCUGUGGGCGCAACAGCACCACCCCCUUGUGGAGAACGGGCUGCUAUGAGAAGGUGAAGCUGUGGUUUGAUGACAACAAGCAUGUGUUGGGCACAGUGGGGAUGUGCAUCCUCAUCAUGCAGAUCCUGGGAAUGGCCUUUUCCAUGACACUGUUCCAGCAUAUUCACCGGACGGGUAAAAAGUAUGAUGCCUGAGCAUUUGGCAGCGCCUGGCUCCACCCGGACACUGUCUGUGCCAGGGAAGAGGACCUGAGCCUUGUGUCUCCUGUCUGCCCUCCGAUGGCUCCCCUGAACUACCUGCCAGCCUGCCCUUCCCUGCCCACAUCCUUGGCCUGGACUCUUGGAGGGCAAAGGCCCAGGGAGGAGGCAUCAUGCAGAGACCUCAGGGCUUGGGCAUCUGGAUUACUGCACCUGCAUAUUUGCCAAAGACGCCAGGGUGGGCAGGGUGUCAAGGAAGAAGCUUCCUCAACGAGGGGUUUCUGCCCCUGCCCUUCUUCACAUUGGCACUUGUCCCUGUGUGGGGUGGAAAGUCCACCCUACCAAGGCCACUGCUGUCCGUGGCUGCCCAGCCAGAGAGCCGGCCAGGGUGCAGUAUGGCACCACCAGGCCAGGCCCCCUGGAGCACCCUGCCCAGGUUUUUAUACUAUAGUGUAACUUUUUUUUUUAAUUUUACUCUGAUUAUGAUUAUUCAGGAAUAUUAUCUCUCAGAUAAGUUUAGGGUUAGCUUUCUGAUUUAUAACUUUUUACUGUGUUGAUUUCCAUAACGGUUUGAGUUUCCUUUUCUGGUGGGUGGGGAUGGGUAAGGGAGAAGGGACCUCCAUCCGCUUUUAGUGAGGACACAUCAUUGUGCAACACUCGUGAGGCUAUAGGGUGAGAAGUGCCGGGCUCUCUCCCAGAAUUCACCUGGAGGGAGAGGAUGCAGCCAUGAUACGGGAUCCUGCCAGGCCUGGCAACCAUGGAUGGGGCUGGAAGAGGCAGGUGUGAUACAAAGCACGGCGAGCAUCCCACUCAGGAGUGAUAGGAUGUGCCCGAGCUGGGGAGGCCACAUCAGCAGGGCAUGCUUAGGACACAGAAGCCGUGAGAUGCUUUGCUGGGAGGGGUCCAGUCAGAACAUUGUUGUGGCAUUUCCUUCCUCCUCUCUCAGUCCUCUGUGGGCUUCCCUCCUGACCCACACGCAUCCUGCAUCCCAAAUGGUCACUCUCACACAUUCCUGCUGCGGAUUCCUCUGGUUCAGACCCUGUUCUGCUCACCUUGUUCCGGGCAGUGGAAGCAGACAUGUUCAGCUGCCCAGACCGAAACAGACUUUCAGGACUACCAGGAGGGGAGGCAGAGUUAGCCAACCCCUGGGGAGAAGACCCUCAUUCUGGAUGCCCAGUGCUGGGUGUGGGAGAUGGAGGCAGGCCAUUCCCAGCUAUAGCAGCAGUCUUGCCAGCCUGAUACCCAGCAUGUCCUUCAGUGAACAGGGCAAAGACAGGGGCCUGUGGGACUGGCCCGGCAGCCAUCUGGGAUCCAGAGUGCCUCAUUCUCAGGGUUUCACGUGGUAGCUGCUUUUCUCAUGCCCUUUGACUUCUUACCACUAUUCCCCACCAGGCCAGGCCUUCCCCAACCUGGUCACACAACCCAACCGACCUUUAACCCCUCUGACCUCCUUGAAUAACAGACAGUGCAGGACCAGAGGUUUAUAACUUUCAAUAUUUUCAGGAUUCAGGUUUGGGGGAUGGGAGAGAGGAUAGCAGGGAGCUACCAGGAAAUUGGACCCAGAAGUUGCCAGUUCUAGGAGAUGGAGUUCAGAUAGACCCAUUAAACAGUCAGAAAGCAGAUGUGGCGCCUGAUAAGGAGUUCAUGCAGGUGGGGUGGGUUUGUUUAUGCCUACCUAUGGAAUUUUUAACCUUCUGCUAACAUCAACAGCAAAGUCCCAGUAGCCUGGGAGGCAGUCACGUGUCUAGAGUGCUUAAGGGUGGUGGUGGUCCCUGGGGCCUUGGCUGAAGUCCCCCGUGCUCCCCAGCCUCACCUCAACUGUCUGUUCAGCAGAGCCAGAUCCUAAGUCCCGAACUGCCUUCUCGCUUUAGCUGUGUGUGGCUUUAUAGUCAUCUGUAGCAUCUCCACGGGGCAGAGGUCUCCCUGCACUGAGUGGAUGUCCUGAAACUCUUGCUUAUCUUGGGGGAUGGCCCCUAUUUUCUAGAAGGCCACACCAAGUGAGGCCAAGGGAGUUGGCUCAGCUCUUCUCUGAUCCUCUCGGCUGUGAGCUCACUGAGGACAAUCCUGCCAUGAGACCUUCCUUACCUGUGGCCUCUCUGGCCUGAGGCCGAGUCAUUUCCUUUGGGUCCCAGGUGCCACACAAGCAGUUUGCAGACCUGAUGUAGAAAGUCCUCUUGGUUUGCAGGUGACCUCAAGGAAAUGCCUGAUGGAGCAGGGGCUUUUCUCCACAGCCAACUGACUGGUAGAGGGGCUCAGAGGGCGGGGUCUGGAAACGGGUCUCGGAUGGCUGACAAAGUGUCAGGGUGCAAGUUUCCUUACACUUCUACACUCUUUGAGCUGGAACACUGUCAUCCUGUCUCUCUGCCAGCCGGGGCCAGCACCUCAGCUGUCCUUGCACUUGUUCUGGCCUGACUCAGAAUUAAGUGGCCAAGCCUCCAGGCACUUCAAGUGGAUGGAAUCGAUUGUCCCCUCCUCUCUGGCCCCCUGCCCACCCUCUGGUGGAGGUGCUGACUAGCAGGGACAUGGCGCAGGACGGGGAGCUUGGGUGCCAGGUGCUUGGGGCCUGCUCUUGGCCCCAUGGCCCCUUGGUCUGGCAUCCCUCUCUCGCGUUCCUGUUUUCUCAUUUCCCUUCCCUCCUCCAUGAUGGUGGAGUCCUGGCCUCCCCUCCCUGUGUGAGCAUUCUGAGGAGUGAGGUCUUUGGGCCUCUUCUUGCCUUGCUGUCCCUGGGUGGCCGGAGAGCCAGGAGUGCACGCUUAUUGGUUUCGAAUGCACUUUCUGCUUGCAAUGCCUUGUCUGCAUUUCCUUCAUCCCAGGUCCUGCUUUAACGAACACCAUGUUUUUAGCAUGUUUUUAAAUAAAAACUGAUAAUGUGUCAAAAGCACAAA